GAGAAAGUAAUGGUGGGGUAUUGAAAAAGUAAGAGAGAGAGAGUGGUGGGUGGGCAAUUUUUUUGCUCACCAUUGGGAGAGAAUAUGUGAAAAAAAUUUGCCCAUGAGCAAAACUUAUUUCUUGAGAGAGAAAGUGGGUAGAGAGAGAGUGGGUGAGCAUUUUUUUUGCUCACCAUUGAGAGUGGUCUAACUUUGCUCGAGUAUACUUUCUUCUACUCAUCGGUCAUCACCAUUCUGGGUCCCUCCCCCUAAAUCACUCCUCACGCAGUGACGCCAAACCCCCCAUUCCAAACUUUGAAAACCAAAAAAUAAAAAACUCCAUCACGCCUUUCAAAUUCAAAUUCCGACAAUCACCACUCCUAUGAUCCAAAAAUGUCAUCAAUAAUCUACCAAAUCUUAACCUCCACAACCCUCCUCUCCCUAGGCCUCUACCACCUCAUCUCCACCACCCGCAACUUCCUGAAAUCCCCACAAUCCUUCACCUCCAAACCAUUCCACCCACUCCCUCUCUCCUCCUCCCACCUCCGCCUCCUCCCUCUCUACUUCCUCAUCACCUCUCUCCUCCUCUCCUUCCUCCACUCCCUCCUCUCCUCCUCCCUCUCUGACCCCCUCAUCCACGGCCACUCCCCCGUCCACCUCUUCACCUCCCUCCAAUCCGCCUCCAUCUCCUUCCUCUUCCUCCUCCUCUCCCUCUCUCUCCUCCUCUCCGAAUCCACCUCUCUUUUCUCUCUCCUCCCUUCCGACCUCUUCUUCGCUCUCGCCUCCGCCUCGUUCUUCCUCUCCUCCUCCGUCUCCUCCUCUCGCUCCGCUCUUCUCACCUCCGAUCUUCAAUCCCGUUGCGACUCCAUCUCCUCCACCAUCUCUCUCAUCUCCUCUAUUCUCUCCCUCGCUCUUGCCGCCUUUCCCAGGGUGUCCGCCUUCGACGUUGGCCUCGCUGCGUCGGUGUGUUUGCAGGGUUUGUGGGCUCUGCAAACUGGGUUGUCUCUCUAUGUGGAGGCGUUUAUUCCUGAAGGGUGUCAUCGUCUUCUUGAUGUUGUUAGUGGGGUUGAAGGGUCGACCAAAUGUGAGCUUGAGGAAUCUAAGCUUCGUGCGGUUGCGAUUCUUGAUUUUAUGUUUUUGAUUCAUGUGGGUGUUGUUGUGGUUUUGGUGUUUGUGGUUUAUGCUGUGGUUUCUAAGGCUUUGGGUGUUUCUAGAAGAUUUGGGGGCUCGUAUGAGGUUUUGCCUACUGCUGCUGAUACUAAUCAUGUUCAAUUGAAGACUUUGACUGGAACUCAGGCUUAAUUUGGGUAUUUUUUUAAGGUUGGUAUAUUUUGUGCAAAAGUUUGAGUUAACAGAUCAUCAUUUGUGGGGGAUUGAUUAAUGUGUAUAUGAAGUCCCCUAGAUGCAAGCACAUCUACUACAGUUCUUUGUUUGCUGAGCAGCAGGGGAAACACCUCAACCGGUGGCCAUGGAAAUAUAUAAAAGAAAAGAAUGGUGCUGUGUACUUUUGAAAGUGGAUUGUUAUCUGCCUCUCUUAUGCUAACUUAGAGCAUAAUAGCAUAUGUACAAUUUUCAGCAAAGCUGUGUAGUCUGCUUGGAAAACAAAAUUUUGUUGAAAUUUCUAUCAUAGAAUUGGGGAGCUUAAAUUAGGCAUUUGGAUUAAAUUCUAAUUGAUCAGUGCCCAGUUUUAAUGUCCUACUCUAAUCUAUUACAUUUGAAGCAUGUUUUUCUCUAA